GAAUGAAAUCCCUCCACCUACUCAGCUUCAGCACCCUUACAACAGCGCUAUCAAUCCCAUUUCCCCUGCAACAACUUCUCAAUGGCCAUGGCACCACCACUCCCAAUAACAACCCCAGCAUCACUCCGACCUCCCACGAGCUAAACCACAUCAUCGACUCCUCCCCCCUCCUCUCUUUCCACCGUGACAUCACCAAAAUCGAAUCCAUCAGCGGCAACGAAAAGAACGUCGGCUCAUUCAUCAUCGACUUCCUCUCCUCCCACAACUUCACCGUCGAGAAGCAACUCGUCGAACCACAAACCACCACCACCCCCGAACGCUUCAACAUCUACGCCUACACCAACGAGGACCGCCACCCCGACAUCAUCCUAACCAGCCACAUCGACACCGUCCCACCCUUCAUCCCCUACUCUCUCCACGCACCCAACACCACCACCUUCGCACGAGAAGACCUCCUCAUCGCCGGCCGCGGCUCCGUCGACGCCAAAGCCAGCGUCGCCGCCAUCAUCUUCGCCGCGCUCGAAACCCUCUCCGAGAACCCCUCCACCUCCCUCGGUCUGCUGCUCGACGUCGGCGAAGAAAACAGCGGCGUCGGCAUGAAGACCUUCUCGAAUUCAGACCUCAACCCCUCCCCGUCGACCUUCCACACCAUCAUCUUCGGCGAACCCACCAACCUGUCCCUCAUCGCGGGACACAAAGGCGCACUGGGCUUCCGGGUCGUCGCGAACGGAAAGGCCGCGCACUCGGGGUACCCGUGGCUCGGGAAGAGUGCUAUUUCGGCGAUUCUACCGGUUCUGGCGCGGUUGGAUGCGCUGCAGACGAUACCCGCAGAGGAAGGCGGGCUUCUACGCAGCGAUAUUCUAGGUAACUCGACGCUGAAUAUCGGGACAGUGCGAGGGGGUGUAGCGAAGAACGUGGUCCCUGCAUUUGCGGAGGCGGAUAUCGCGAUUCGUCUGGCGGCAGGGACGCCGGAUGAGACGAGGGAGAUUAUGCGGAAGGCUGUGGAUUAUGUCACGGGUGGGGAUGGGAGUGUGUAUGCGGACUUUGAGACGUACAAGGGAGGGUUUGAGCCGCAGCAUCUGGAUGCAGAUGUUGAGGGGUUUGAGGUGAUUACGGUGAACUAUGGGACGGAUGUGCCGGCGUUGGAGGUGCAUGAGCGGGAGGAUGGCAGCAGGGUAAAGAGGUAUUUGUAUGGGCCGGGGAGCUUCUAUGUGCCGCAUAGUAGUCAUGAGGCGAUUACUGUGGGGGAGAUCGAGGAGGCAGUUAGGGGGUAUAAGAGGCUGAUUGAGGUUGCGGUGGAGAGGCAUCAGAAUGGGCUGGCAUAAUGGCAGAGAAUUGGUAGGACCUGUUAAAGGUAUAUACUAG